UUGUGCAGAGUCCCUUAGUUAUUGGCUCCUGUCUCCAUAAAGUAAGCGGAGACAAUAUGGCCAGAUUACGUCAUAGAGUAUUCAGGAGCGAUGAAAGACAAAUAUAGAUUAUAGUGGCUUCUGCGCUACGUGCCGCUAAAAAGCGACAUCUAAGCAGCACCAUCUGACUAGUCUAUAUUUUAGGAUCUAACGGAAUAUGCCAAUCAGAUGAAAGAACUCAUUGAGCGCUCAGUGAGCGGUUGUCGUUCUGAAUACAUUCAGUGACUUUACCAUAGCGCGAAUAGUCUCCCCGAACUCACUCACUGUGUCUCUACGUUUGCACCAUCUAAUAAUUUUAUAUAACUAGAGUUGUAUAGUCGUUUUCUGUCGUAUAAAUUUAGUUAUUAAAUGGAUAUAUACUUGAAUAUGCUGUUAAUAAUUAAAUGUAUCUUGUAUACACAAGCCACAAAGCUACGAUGAAAAGCAGUUUGUUUUUGUUUUUGUUUUUUCUUCUGUAAAAUCGCGAAGGAAGCAUUGACUGCAGUUUCGAAUCAUGUUGAACAUCGUGCGACAUCGUUAAAACAAUUGGGUACUGAUUUGUGCACUCCAGAUGUAAAAUAUGAUGAAUUAGUAGACAGCGUGAGCUUAAUUUUUUAAAAAUUUAGAGGAAACGUCUAUAAGUGUACAUCGAAUUAAGAUACUUUCUAUUAAAAACGAUAUCAAAAUGGCGCCAGUACCUUUAGAAGGCCAUCAAACUCCCGUCACAAAUAACAUACCACAGGAAGGUAAUCGUGGUGGAUCUAUAUCCUUGGGGAUGCUUAUAGAUUUUAUUAUACAACGAACAUAUCAUGAACUCACUGUUCUUGCUGAACUACUCCCUCGUAAAACAGACAUGGAACGCAAAAUUGAAAUUUAUAAUUUUUCCGCUCGAACGAGGCAAUUGUACGUUCGUUUAUUGGCACUGGUAAAAUGGGCAAAUAGCGCAUCUAAAGUGGAUAAAUCUACACACAUAAUGGCGUUUUUAGAUAAGCAAUCACUGCUUUUUGUCGAUACUGCGGAUAUGCUGGCGAGAAUGGCUCGUGAUACUUUGGUACACGCUAGACUUCCAAAUUUCCAUAUUCCUGCAGCCGUAGAAGUACUUACCACUGGAACAUACGGCAGAUUACCAUAUAUUAAAAAGGAGAGAAUAGUGCCUCCAGAUCCUAUCACUCCUACAGAAAAGAGAAGUACAUUGCAGAGAUUGAAUCAAGUCAUUCAACAUAGAUUAGUCACUGGAAACUUGUUGCCACAAAUGCGUAAUUUGAAGAUCGAGGCAGGAAGAGUGACGUUUCUUAUCGAGCAAGAGUUUUCAGUAUCUCUUACGGUUAUGGGUGAUGGGCCAACAGUUCCAUGGAGACUAUUAGAAUUAGAAAUUUUGGUUUCGGAUAGAGAGACUGGAGAUGGAAAAGCAUUGGUACAUCCUUUGCAAACUCGAUAUGUACACCAAGUUGUUCAAUCGCGAUUGGCUGAAAGUACUAACCCACUAUCAGAAGUAUAUCAUAUCCUGCAUUAUUUUUGUCAAUCAUUACAAUUAGAAGUUUUGUAUUCUCAAACGUUAAGGCUGAUUCGGGAUAGAUUGGACGAUCAUAUUCAUGUAGACGAAUAUACACCUGGCAAAUGUCUUUCUAUAUCUUAUUGGAGGGAAUUAACGAGAAAGGAUCCACGAUCAGAGCUUGGAUAUAGAUUGACUGUUCAAGUAGAUCAACAUGAUCCUGCGAGGCCUCUCGCAGUUGUACAUAUUCCGUCAUUAGGUAGUAAGGAAAGCGAAAUAGCACAUAGAGCCAUUAGGUCAGAUCAAUUGUCGAUGGAAUGUUUACUCGUGCACACGAUCUACGUUCGAACCCGAAGUCGUUUGUCUGAAUUGAAACAAGAGCUACAAACAAUGCUGAAAGACGUUGAGUGUACUUUAGCGGGAUCUCCAGCUAUUUUAUCAGUGCCUAUAUUGCAACCAUGUUUACGUGCCGAGCUGCUGUUGGUUACAGUUGACACUCAUACCGGUAUGCUGCAGUGCCAUGUCCCUCAAUAUGACGCACCACUUGUCCCAGAAUUAACUAUGGCCUUAAAUGGGGAUCAUUCGCGUCUUCCGACACUUAUAUCUGAAUUAAGAUUUUGGAUAACACAGAGACGUUGUGAGAAAACAUUGCAACAUCUACCAGCUACCUCGCAUGAACGUUUGCCUGUUUUGCAUCAUCCAGAUCACCCUAUGUCUAAGAUUAGUCGGCAUCGGAUGUUUGUUCAAUUGCACCGACAUCCUACAGUCAUAUUGAUUGUCGCAUUCAAAGAGAAAGAAAGCUCACCAUGUGAAAUAGAGUGCUCUUUCUAUCUUGCUGUGGUGAAGCAUAGUUCCAUCGAAGAUGAUCCACACGAUGAUAGCAUAGAAACGGAAAUACCGAAAAUGUAUUUGAAAGUCCAAAGCCUUAUUGAGUUUGAUACUUUUGUGAUUACUCACGGCCCAUUUACAAGUGUCGAUAGUGAAGUGGUGGAGACGUCUAACAACAAACGUAGAAGCACCGGGAUCGGAGGAAGGACAGAUGCAGCAGGAACACCACAGAAUAGAAGACCAAAGCAUCCGGCUUACUUUAUUCCGGAAUUGGCACACGUUGUCGCUUUGUGUGACGAACGAAUACCGUUCGUAACUCUGGCUCAAGAACUUACUAGACGAGAGAUAGCCCAUCAGGGACUCCAAGUCGAGGCGAAUGCCACAGCAUUGGUACUCAAACUUGUUCAAUUGCCUGCACCAUCACCGAGCAUAGCUACGAGCAGUGCUUGGCACGCUCUUCUCAAAAGACUUCUGAGUGUCUCGAUUAGAGUUCAGGGCAAAGGCAUGGCUAAAACUUGGACAGUGGAAUUUGUAUUUUAUGGUAGUCCUCUCUCCAGCAGUCAUCCCAAAGAACAAGGUUUGCGUAGGCCAGUCUACUUUCAAUAUGAAAUGGGUACAGCGGAUACCGUCUCCCGCACUGUAGAUGUUUUGUUAAACGAUUGGGGACAGAUAGUACAUUUGUAUUUGAUUGUUCAUGAUUUAGCUGAAUAUUUCAAAAUGGAGAAAUAUAACUUACGCAAUAUGGUUAGCAUUAAGUCUUAUAGUUAUAGCAAGCUGGUUCUUGCGUAUGGUCCAAAUCAAGGUGCAACUGUUACUAUACAGUGGAGUACGAACGACAAGGCAUUUAAGAUGGUAUUUGGUAGGAGUCCAACAAAUACGGUGACCAAUGCGCAUUCUAUAAUGAAGGAACAACUAGAAGCUCAUUUGAAUAGAUACACGAAUUUGGCACAAAUUAUUCAUAUACUUAAUGAAACUCUUCAGCCACUCACUUCGAUUAGUAAAUUACCAUCAAUCCCUCAGUUAUGCGUGCAUGCGAGACCACGAGUGCCAGUACAAACGUUUACUAUAAUGCCACAAUGUGUCACUUUAGUAAGGAUAGCGUAUCAAGGAAUGUAUUGUUUGGAAUUACGUUUGCGCGGCGGGGGUUUGGUGAGCUUACGCGACGGUGCUUACAGUCGUUUCGACAGAAGUAACGUCGUUGAUGAGUUCACGCCUACGCAGGGCCUAAAAGCAUUUCUGUCGAAAUAUGUCGACGAGAAUGCGGUAUACAGAAGGAGGUCUCAAUCGGAGGAUGAUAAUCCACCGUCGCCUGUUACUAUGGACAGCGAUGGUGCUGGAGGCAACGUAAGCUUCUUAGGUCAUCACAGGAGUGGGCCUCAAUCACCCGCCCAGCAACGCGAAGGUCUGAGAUUUCAUCCACCGCUCACACCACCGUCUGGUAGUAAUCCUCAUACACCGGCCAGUCCUCAUACCGCAAAUAUAUCCCAGGCAAAUCAACAUCAAAGUUUCGGAAGUAGUCCUGCAACUUCAUUUAAUUUAGCAUCUCCGCCGUCAUUACCGCCAAAUACACCUAAUAUGUUACCACAUCCAUCUCCUGGAUCCGGACUUGUUGCAAAUAGUCCUUUAAAUCCAAUGCACGUUCCCAGUCCGGCUGGUCUCAUGCCGACAUCAUCGCCUGGUCCUUGCAGUAAUGUUCAAGUAGGGCAUUCUCCUGCUGGUUCAUUCAUGCAAACAGGUCAUAUCGAUGGUAGUCCUUUUCCGGCUUCUCAAAGUAUGGCUUCUCCGGCUGCCUCCAACUGGCCUGGAUCUCCCAGUGUACCGAGACCUUCUCCCGCGAGACCUGGACAAAGCCCGAGUCAUGCAGCGCUGCAUAGUCCGCAAGCCUCCGAUCAUAAGACCGGUAGUCACAUCUCCAGAGUAUUACCGCAGAGGUCCUGGGCGGGUGCCGUGCCGACGCUUCUCACGCACGAGGCUCUAGAAAUGCUUUGCUGCCCAUCGAAUCAUCCUUCCGCCUUACCAGGUCCGGAUAUGUCUCCGCUUGAGAGAUUUCUAGGCUGCGUCUACAUGCGGAGACAGUUGCAACGUUUUAUCCAGACGGAAGAUUGCUUAACUGGUAUCAAUGCAGAGCCCGGUGUAGUACAUUUCAAAUCUGAGAGCUUGCAAUGCAGAGUUGGAUUAAAUCCUACGCAUUUCCAAUCUCUUCACAUCAAGGUUCUUUCACUUCCAGAGUAUAAAGAUCAAUGGAGUCUAGAAGAAUUACAGAUUAUCGAAAAGUUCUUCGACACGCGGGUAGCUGCUCCGCCUUACAAACACAACACACUGUCCGGUUUUGGGAGGAUGCUUAACGUACGUUUCAAAGUAUUAAAGGAUUUCGUGCAAAUAAUGAAACUGGAUCUAGUUCCCAGUCUUGUGCAGCAGCAGCAGCUGAAGUGGUCCGUGCAGUUAUGUUUGCGUAUCCCACCUUCCGCAGGGCCAAUCGUGCCUCCUGGUACGGAAGGAGUACACGUUUGCAGGAGUAAAAUUCUAUUUUUCUUGCAAAUAACGAGACUAGGUAUAUCAUAUCAAGGAGAGACGCCGUCCUUGGUGUUGCCGUUCGUGCAUGAUGUCAAUACGAAUAUAACACAGCUAGCGGAUAGAAGAGAUCUUACUCCACCUCCCUCAGCGAUUGCAGCAGCGUCUAUGCAGCUAAAGAGAUUCGCCGAAUACGGGGCGAAUCAGUCAGAGUGCUCGUUGUUCCCUGCUGUACGCGAUCUUUUAGCUAAUUUCACAUUACCAUCGGAACCGCCAGUUAUAUCACAGGUCGUGCCGUCCCCGGCAGGAACUCAAGUAGCUUCCGCACAGCAAAUUCAGAACACAGCGAUGCAAAUGCAUUCGCCCAUGGCUGCUGGUCAAGGUCCGCCACAGGGACCAGGACCAUACGGAAUCCAAGGCAUGCAACCGAUGGGCAUGAUGGGCGGCCCGCCUCAAUAGGACUUGCUUUACUCUCCUAAUCCCCUGUGUCUAUCGAGUCAUCCUACAUGGAUGAACUAAAAAUGUAAACUUUGACUCAAAGAAUUCGCGAGAAAGAAUAAUCCGACUGCGCUAUUCUAAUAUGAGAAGAUUUACAUUUUGUGGGGCAUCUUAGGAGAGAGAAAACUAUGUCGUGUUCGCUGCAUUUUUAAUCCAACAAAGGUGAAAAAUGGACAGCUAAUAAAAAUAGGAUAUUAUGAAUGUACAUGUUUCUUGUGACAAUCUCGCAUCUAAGUUUGGUAUUGUAGAUAUACGCUUUAUACUUUAUUACAAUUAGCAAAGUCUAUUAUUAAAGCAAGUAUGUUAAAAUGAAUGUAUAUAAAUUGUAUUAUAAGAAUUAGAUUACAAGUAUUAUAUUGGAAUCAUCCAACGUGUAACUUAAUUUAACUUUAAUUUUAAAAAAUUACAACUGUAUUUGCC